AUGUACCAUGAUGAAUUCCAUAAAUAGUAUCAAAACCAUAGAUUAUUCUCAAAAAUAACUUCAAGAAGAUGGAAGAUCAUAUUUUCUCUCAUUUUAAUGCAAUUUUAAUAUUCAUAUCUUUAACUCUUUUCUCCAUAUUCAUAUGGAAAAUAACAAAACCAUGCAAACUUUCAAAACCUCAACACCCUUUUCCACCAGAAAUCUCCGGUGGCUGGCCGGUAAUAGGUCAUCUCCUCCAAUUUUCCGGCAACGACAACAUCCCUUUAUCGCGAAAACUCGCAUUUUUAGCGGAUAAAUAUGGCUCGGUUUUCACUUUCCGGUUAGGUCUACCUCGUAUAUUAGUCGUUAGUAGUUAUGAUGCUGUUAGAGAUUGUUUGAAUACUAAUGAUAAAGUAUUUUCUGACCGGCCAGCGAGUUUGGCCGGUGAAUAUAUUGGUUAUAAUAAUGCUAUGCUGUUUUUAGCUAGUUAUGGUACUUACUGGAGAAAAAUUCGAAAAAUUGUAAUAAAGGAAGUUUUAUCAAGUAGCAGGUUAGAAAAAUUGAAAAAUGUUAGAGUUUCUGAAGUUCAAAUGAGUAUUAAAGAGCUUUACUCUUUGUUUCAAGUCACCAGAGAAAAUCUUGAUAUUCCAGUCACCGGAGAUAAUUUGGAUACUCUGGUCAACUGCGAUGACCAGAGUAUAGUCUCACAAGUGAGGACUGGGAAAGGUAGGAUGUACGGAGAACUUAAACCCACCUUCCCGGUCACCGGAGAUAAUUUGCAUUCGGUGACCGGAGAUAAGUAUCAGGUGAUCGGAGAUCAUUCCCCGGUCACCGGAGAUAAUGUUAAAUUUCCGGUGACCAGAGAUAGUUUUCCGGUAAAAGUUAAUCUUACUAACUGGAUAGAAAAGUUGACUUUGAGCUUGAUAGUCAAAAUGAUAGCUGGAAAAAGCUAUGGAAGGCUUAAUGAAAGAGUAGAAGAUGAAGAAGAAGCAGAAAGAUUUAAGAAAGCUUUAAAGGAUUUUAUGUAUAUUUCAAUGGAGUUUGUGUUAUGGGAUGCAUUUCCUAUUCCUUUAUUCAAAUGGAUUGAUUUUCAAGGGCAUGUUAAGUUUAUGAAAAGGACAUUUAAAGAUAUUGAUUGUGUUUUACAAAAUUGGUUGGAUGAACAUGUGGAGAAGAGAAAAAGUGCUGAUGUUGUCGCUGGAAAUGAACAAGAUUUUAUUGAUGUGAUGCUUUCUAUGAUGAACCAUGAAGAUUUUGCAGAUAGUUAUACCAGAGAAACCACCAUUAAAGCUACAGCUCUGAGUAUGGUGUUGGAUGCAUCAGACACGACUGCAAUUCACUUAAAUUGGGUAAUGGCUAUAUUGUUAAACCAUAGGGAUGUCAUGAAGAAAGUCCAAGAAGAGCUAGACACAAAAGUUGGCAGAAACAGAUGGGUAGAAGAGAGUGAUAUCAAGAAUUUGGUGUACUUCCAAGCUGUCGUUAAAGAAACACUGCGAUUAUAUCCACCAGCACCUUUGUUAGUACCCCAUGAAUCUGUAGAGGAUUGCAUUGUACAAGGAUACCAUGUUCCGAAAGGUACAAGAUUGUGGGUCAAUACUAUGAAACUGCAACGAGAUCCUAAGAUUUGGUCGAAUCCUGAUACAUUUGAUCCAGAGAGAUUCUUGACUAGUCAAGUAGGGGUUGAUGUUCGCGGUCAACAAUAUGAGUUCAUCCCGUUUGGCUCUGGGAGACGAUCUUGUCCAGGGAUCACGUAUGCAACUCAAGUGACACACCUUGCAAUAGCUCAUUUACUUCAAGGUUUUGAUUUUAGUACACCGUCGAACCAGCCUUUGGAUAUGAAAGAAGGUUUAGGCAUGACCAUGCGCAAAGUAAAUCCUAUAGAAGUGUUGAUUACGCCUCGCUUGCCUUCUGUACUCUAUCAAUACUAAGAUGUAAAUUGUUGUCUUGUUUGGUUAUGUAUGUACUUUUUGGA